AUGAUUGAGGACAUCAAGACUCUUCGGGAGGAGCAUGUGUACCGCGCCAAGCUCGCUGAGCAGGCGGAGCGCUAUGACGAAAUGGCAGAGGCUAUGAAGAAUCUGGUGGAGAACUGCCUCGAUCAGAACAACUCCCCUCCUGGUGCCAAAGGGGACGAGCUAACUGUUGAGGAGAGAAAUCUUCUUAGCGUUGCAUACAAGAAUGCCGUGGGUGCUCGCCGUGCCAGCUGGCGCAUUAUUUCUUCUGUGGAGCAGAAGGAGGCCAACAGGAACCAUAUGGCCAACAAGGCCCUUGCAGCGAGCUACAGGCAGAAGGUUGAGAACGAACUCAACAAAAUCUGCCAGGAAAUCCUGACGCUGCUCACCGACAAGUUGCUCCCUCGCACCACCGAUUCCGAGAGCCGAGUAUUCUAUUUCAAGAUGAAAGGCGACUACUAUCGCUAUAUUUCUGAAUUUAGCAAUGAGGAAGGCAAGAAGGCCUCGGCAGAACAGGCGGAGGAAUCGUACAAGCGUGCAACGGACACUGCGGAAGCUGAACUCCCGUCAACUCACCCAAUUCGUCUGGGCCUUGCGUUGAACUAUUCCGUCUUCUAUUACGAAAUUCUCAACCAGCCACAGAAGGCCUGCGAGAUGGCCAAACUUGCGUUCGAUGACGCAAUAACCGAAUUCGACAGCGUUUCGGAAGAUUCGUACAAGGAUUCUACGCUGAUCAUGCAGCUGCUGCGUGACAAUCUUACUCUAUGGACCAGCGAUUUGCAGACUCAGGAACAACAGCAGCAGCCUGUGGGUGAAGGUGCUGAGGCGCCAAAGGUGGAGGCUACUGAGCAACAGUAG